GCGGCUGAUAGGCCAGUAGUUCCUCUUUCCCCAGUUAGCCAGUGAUGUUCGUUGAUUUCCGAAGGUAUGAUGGCAGCCGACGUGGAAGUGCGGUCUAAAUGCCGGCUUAGCGGGAAAGGUUGUGUGUCUUUGCUAGAUAUUUUAAUUUCGUUCAACGCCCCAAUAAACGAAGAACACGCUUGGGCGUUGUGUUUUCAGUGCGCGAUUUGUUUUAAAAAUGCCCUGCAAACCGAAAGGGCUAAGUGUCGUGUGGUGACGGAAUUGGAUCAAGUGUUGUUGCAUCGGGAUGGACAUGUGCAUUCGGAGAGUAUAUUAUCUGAAGGAAAACAUGAUCAAGGAUCUCCGAGGCACGGAGCGCCACCCGAACACAAGGUGGUGGCCGGCCUGGGCCUGGUGGUGUUCCGAGCCCUCGACUUCGGCCUGGAAGAUGAGGAGGAGAGACAUCUUCACCCUGACUUGGACCAGCUCAUCAGCGACAUGACGAGGACAUAUGAACGUGCCAGUUCCCAACACGCGGAGACUGAUGACGAAGGCAUCGAGAGGGAUUCGGGAGACUGCGAUGACGACAUCCCCCACAUCUCUCUCGACCAAGUCAUUCAGAAGUGCAGAUCCCACCUGGCCCAGCAGGCCGAGUCUCACUAUCGGAAUGUCUGUAGAGCUCUGGUCGCCGAGGCUCUGGAGCUCUCCUCCUUCCUGGACAAAGUCUCAGAGGGGAAGGUUCAGACGGACGCGGCACAGACUUCCACUGACUUACAAAACCUACACAUAUCCGACUGGCCUAACCUCCGGAUAUGGAGAACGUUGCAAGCUCGCCUCUGGGUCCAGGUGAUCCGCGAGUUGAGGCAUGGAGUACAACUUAAGAAGGUGUGCUACAGCAGAACUCCCAUAGAGUACGAACUGACGCCAUACGAGAUACUGAUGGACGACAUCCGCAGUAGGAGGUACAAGUUGAACAAAGUCAUGGUGGACGGAACGAUUCCUCAUAGGGUGAAGAAGGACGCACAUGCGGUCAUACUGGAGUUCAUCAGGUCCAGGCCACCACUGAGAAAGGCGUCAGAGAGAAAACUGGCUCCAAAAGCUUACCAGACUGCAACGCCAAGAGAAAAACUCCUAGAAUCAAUAAAACAAGGCCAAGCCAAGCUGAGGCCUUCGGCCAGUCCGCUCAAGAAAAAAGUUGUUCCGUUCGAUGAGUCGAUGCAGCCGGACUCGACGACUCCUCUCAAAGCGACAAGACGACUCAUCAAAGUCGACUUCUCAGCCAUCGAGGACGAUGACGACGAGGAGCUCAGUGACGGGGACAGCCGAGAGCCAGACCAUAGCGCCAGGACACCGUGGCGCCGUACAGGUAGAGGCAGCGCCGCGACGCUAACCCACGACCAGUACCAUCACUACUGCGACUCCGCGUUAGAGUCCUAUGACCUGGCUACUCAGUGUCCCAGCCGCAGAGCAUCCAUGCGCCGCCACACCAUCGUCGUGUGUGAUCCGAGUAACAGCGGCUCGGUCUCUGUACCUCAGUCUCGACCGGCCUCAAGGCAGACGGCCUCGACUCCGAGUGAUGAGUCCAUCGCUGGCACACUUCCGGAAAUGUCCUGGUCCAGGAGCUCACUGCAGGACGAUCUCCUUCACUCCAAGACAUGGCAGGAGGAGUGUCUGUCUCUAACACUGGAGGAGAUUGUUCACAUUCGCAGCGUCUUGACUAAGGCAGAGCUGGAAAGUCUUCCAGUCGAGGGACAUGUCAAGGAGGACGCAGAGAAACGGAAAGUAUGUUUCCUGUGUAUGAAAACCAGAUUCAGCAUAUUUGGACCUUGGGGCCAGAUUUGCAAGCUGUGUAAACGAACUGUCUGCUGCAAAUGUUAUUCAAAGAUGAGGAUACCAACAGAGCACUUCUCUCAUGUUCCGGUGGUGGCGUUGAGUCCCGGACUGCUAUCUCCGGACUCAGACGACUCGUUCCCUCGUGCGCUCUACAACAGACUGGUGGUUCCGGACCGCAAGGCUGUAGGCAGCGCUCCCUCCAGUCCCAAGAUGAACCGCUCGGCCCCGCCCAGCCAGAUGUCUACCAGUAUGAUAUCAGAUUCCGGACACAUGAGUCUUCCUCCCAUCAGCACCAUGUCUACACCCACCGGCACUCUCAGACGAUUCACCCGCUCAAAGACGCUAGGUCGACCCGAGGAGAAGGCUGAAAAGUUGAAGGGUCUAGAAAUGAUUGUCUGCCACGACUGUAAGACGAUGGUCAUUCAGAUCAUCAAGUCGUCGCGCACAAGUCGCAACAACGCGAUCCGCAACCUAACCCUAGACCUUUCACCGGUCUAUUGAUCAUUUUAUCAUUCCAACCCAGCCUACCAUUGUGUUUAGUUCUACGAUGCAACAAUAGUUUUAAUAUUUUGUGUGAUAUUAAUUUAAAUUUUGUUUACAAACAUGUAUAUAUGUGUAAUACGGUUAUUGUAGAUAUCACGGAUAUUUUAGUAUUUGUAAAUUGAUAAUGUUAUAUAACGUGUAAAUUUAGUUUUGAUAUGUUCGCUUUGUUAAGUUAGAUUGCACAAUAUAAAUUCCUAAGGAAAAUACGUUUGAUAUUAGUGUUAUCGUGGAUUCCUGUAUGUAUGAAAACAGGUUCUUCCAUCUGAAAUCAAAUUAAAUUUAGGGCAUUUAGCUUUAAUUAGGACAAUGUUAAAUAUUGGAUGUAUAUUAAAAGUAUGGAGUUAAAUAUUUAGCGAAAUGUAGACAUUGUAUAGAGUCUGAAAGAUUUGAAUAUUUUUAAUAACCGUCUUGGUGCAAAUUCUAUGUAAUAUAAUCUCAUUACUAGUUAUUGUAACGACAACAAUAAUUACUGUUGAAAUACAAUUUUAUGAAGUGUUCUUAUAGUCUUUUCUAUUUGUAAAUUAUUAUUAGUUAGUUUCUUAUAAAAAUAUUUCAAUAAUACAGAAUAUAAUGACGGAAACUGUUUCCAUUUUACUAUCCUAAAGAAUUCCGUUACCAUUUUAUGCUUUUAAAUUUUGUUGAAUCUCUAUAUAAACUAGGCCUAAUCCUUCUCUAUGAUGAUGGUGCAGACUCAAAAAAAAUUAUUUGUUGUUCUUGGGCUUAUUUUCCUUGUGAAAUGAAAUGAACUUGUGGAAAAAUUAGUGAUUUUAUGUAUUAACAACAAAUAUUGUUAUUGUAAUUUUUAUACUUUGGGAAAUCUAGUUUUGUCCGGAUAGUAUAUUAAAAUUGUGAUGUUCAAUAAAUAAAUAUUUAAUAGAAAACAGCUGUUUCUGUUAUUUGUCUUACAAGAAACAUUAAUCUAUGUUUCUUGGUAGACCAGUUGUGCUAAUCCUUUCUAUCUGUUCUCAGAAUAAAAUCCUAUGAGGGAGCAAAAAAAAAUGUAUUGUAGCCUAUAAAAUGUGUUUUUAAAGUCAGUUUAAUUUUGCCUUACCGAUGAUUAGUGAAUACAAUGAUUCAGAAUUAGACUUGUUGACAUCAAAUCGACAAUCAUGUGAGAAGGUAUUA